AUGACGAAUUAUAACAAUAGCAACAACAAUAAUAAAUUUAUUAAUCAGCUGCUUGCAGUGAUAUUUUUGAUAUUUGUGUUUAUGAGCACAAACAACAACAAAAAUAAUAAUAUUUAUUUUGUUGAUGCAUCUUUUACCACCACAACGAUAGCUGGCUCUAAUCCUACUUCUCACAAGACCAUUAUUGAAACCCUUUUUCUAAAAAAUAUUAUUUUGCCAACCCUUUCAACCCUUUUAAUUGUUGCAACUUUUUCACUUUUUGCAUCACAACAACAAGCAGAAAAGGAAUACGAGAAACAAGAACGUCACCAACAACAACAUAAUAAUAGUAAUAUUCGACAAGGUCACAAACCAACAACUAACAAUUUCAUAUCUUCAACUUUGACAAAAAUUCAAGAAAGAAAAGAGUUGGGACAACGAGAGCAGAUACAACAAGAACUAGAACAAGAAAUAACUUUUCAACUUGGUGUCUAUUUGAAAUUAGCGGAAUUGGUUCAAUUUGGUCAAGCGGGUCUGAGAUCUAUUGACGAGCAAAGAGAAGGAGAAUCACUAAUUAUAAUUGAUGAAGAAAUAAUUAAAAUCAGCGAAAUCAGUUCAAUUGAUAACCAAGGAAAAUCAGCGCUACGCAGAUCAACCGCAGAUUUCUAUAAACACGAAGAUCACCUUGACGAUAUUGGGACAGAUCUUGAGUUUCUAGGGUUUAUGAAUCAAGUUACCGCGGAAUUAGGAAAAUAUUCAAAUAGCGAUGAUGAUUCGAUAUUCUUUGCGUUCCUGGUGACUGCCUUCUUUUAUAUUGUUCGAAUAAUUUUGGUGUGUUUUAUUUUGUUUUCAUCAACAUUUACGACACCAUAUUCGAAUAACUCUUUAUCGUUAUUUUCCUCUUUGAUAAAAGUUUCACUUUUGUAUAUAAUACAUGUCGGUGUUCUUCGUCUUUUAGAUUAUUUUAAGGUGCCAAUAUUAUCAUCGUCUUCGACACAUACAUAA